AGGUUUGGUGAAGCUGUGGAGCUCUCUGACUCUGCUGGGCUGCUACCAGAACCAGACCUGCGCCUUCAGAGUGCUGCAGGUGUCUCCGUUCCUCUUGGCUCUGACAGGAAACAGUCGUGAUCUUCAUCUGGACUGAUCUUCAUCAUGAGUCUCCUGAGGAGCGUCUUCCUCAGAAGGAGGUGCUGCUCCUCCUCCUCCUCCUGUCUGUCCCUCCGUCUGCUCCACGUGGGCCAGCGCGCCUCCCUCACCAAGGCCUUCUCCUCCAGGGACGUGGAGGUGUUCUCCCGUCUGACGGGGGACACCAACCCGCUGCACCUGGACCCCGGCUACGCCCGCACCACCUCCUUCGGGGCUCCUCUGGUCCACGGCGUCCUCCUCAACGGGCUCAUCUCCGCCGUGCUCGGCACCAAGAUGCCCGGCCGCGGCUGCGUGCUCCUCCACCAGGAGAUCCGCUUCCCCGCCCCCCUCUACCUGGACGAGGAGGUGCUGGCCGAGGCCGAGGUCCUCAGGGUCAAGAUGUCCUUCGCCUUCAUCGCCGUCUCCUGCUCCGUCAGGGACAAGGUGGUGAUGGAGGGGGAGGUGGUGGUCAUGAUGCCUGAGGAGCAGCAGGGGAGGGAGUAGGAGGAGGAGGAGGAGGAGGAGGAGGAGCAGAGGAAA